UCUGGUUGUGGUGUGUGUGUCUGUCGGUCUGGUUCCUGAAGGAUACGGCAGUGAACACUGCUGGAUUGAAAUAGACAAAGGUUUCAUCUGGAGUUUUCUUGGUCCUGUUUGUGUUAUACUAGCACUGAACAUGAUUCUCUUCAUCAGCAUCGUCAUCAUUCUGAAGUCAACUUUCAAAAAUCUCAACGCUGAAGUUUCUCAGAUGAAACAAACCAAGAUUAUGGUGUUUAAAACUCUGGCUCAGUUUGUGGUUCUUGGUUGCUCCUGGAUUCUGGGUUUCUUCACUAAAGACAGUAAGGUGCUGGAGAUCCUCUUCUUGAUCUUGAACUCUCAGCAGGGAACCUUCAUCUUCCUGAUCUACUGUGUCCUCAAUCACGAGGUCAGGCAGCAGUACAGGAAGUUCUUUAUGUCUUUGCUGUAUUAAACAACACUGAGGACUUCAAGGAUACAAGAGAAACAAAAAUUAUAUUUCAUAUGUAUAUGGUACUUACUUUAAAUUGUAUGCAAACAUAGUUGUUAUCAGGAGGACCAGCUUCUGGUCGCCAAGGCAACAAAGACAAAUCAUCAAGAUAAGACAAGCCAAAUUAUUUAAAGAGUGUUUACUUCUCACUUAAUUCACUAGUAAAACAGAUAUUAAACAAAAAAAAUAAACAUGCAUAUUCUCAAGACCCACUGUUUUGUAUAUUGUCUUUUUUAUUGUAUACUGUUUAUGUAUUGCUUAUGACAGAAUUUCUAGAUAAUGUGAUCCUUGUUACACAGAGGUGUUUAUCACGUCCUCGUAAAACACGCUCGCUAUAUUGAAUGUAAAACUGUCAGUCUAGUUCAGCUGUUCAUGCGAAUCAGUCGCAUUCUGCCUUGAAAUGAAACCAAAAUAAGUCCCUAAAUCCCUGGUGUUAAAUGAACACUGUAGGUCAUUAAUGAGGUCAUUAAGAGAUUCAUUUAUUGAUGGCUGUCCGUUAUUGAAGACACCUGAUGAUAACAAGAAGAAUCACCAGAAGAAAAUCACAAAUUUAGUUGCCAUUACAGGGAUCAGUGUUUACUUUAGUUGGGCCCUUGACCUUAUUAUAUUCUGUAGUGUUUAACUGUUAUAACUGAAUUAUAACAAGCAGACAUGUGAAGAUGAUUAUGUCUUGAUAUGAUCCGCAUGUAGUGGCCUGAAUGAAUUCAUUAGGAUUUGUUUGUAUUGUCCUUAAUCUAGACAGACAUCAAGAAUCAGCGUGAGAAUCACAGCAACGGUGGCCAUCAAAAAGCAUGUUGCAGCCAAUAAAAACUCCCAUCCUGCACUGCUGCAUGAAUAAAUAAAUAUAACUGUUUGUCACUGUUUUUGAGAUACAUACACUGAUUCUUCAUGUUAGCCUAAAAGAACAACCUUUAUGAAGUUGUUUUUUUUCUCCAUUUUGCUUGUUAUCAUCAGGUGUCUUCAAUAAUAGACAAUCAUCACUCAAUAAAUCUCUUAAUUAUCUCACUAACUUUUAACACUCUGUAGUGUGGACACAUAUAGACACCCAGCAGGGUUCGUUUAACUCUGGGGAUUUUGUUGUGUUUUUAACUUAAGUUUAAUUUAACAGUUUCAAGUUUCAGUUUCAGUUUAACACAAUGUAAUCAUUUGAAUGGAAAACCUACAAUAGUGUUAAAUAAUUUUUUUUUAAAAUAAACUAUGGUAUCCUUUUUUUCCAGUUGUUUUUUCUCGACCUUCGAUAAAAAGCCACCUCUGUUUGGAUCGCUCCCAGAUAGUCUUACCUUAGAUCCUCCCUGAGUGGCUCCUGUAAGAGUUUAAGGGUAAUUUGUUGUGAUAAAGAACGUAGCAGUCGACAUUUACUCCCGACAUCUGAGCCGCUGAAGGCGAAGAGAAAUAAUGUUUAAGUAAACUUGGCUUACACUAUCAGAAAAGCCCCCCGUCAACAUGUUUGCCCCCCCAAAUCUUAUCUCACCAAAACAUUUUAAGUGCAAUGCAUAGUUUUUCCUGUUAACUAUAGCCGCUAUAAAUUCACAUCUGCGUUAUUGUCGCUACACUGAAAUGAAAUUUUUCUUUGCUCUGUUUCUGUACAGUGAAGAUGUUAUAAUUAGUAACCUACAGUGUGUUUUAUUCAAUUCACGUUAAAUACAGUCAUAUUCAAAAUAUUUUAUGGCAUGACACAUUUUGGUCCUUAAGUAAAGCCUUAAGUUAAUAGAUACUAUAAGGCUACUUUGCCCCAAAUAUUACAUAUUGGAUUUUAAAGGGAGAGCAGCCCUAUAAAUACCUGUCCGUGUCAUUAACGUUAAUCAAACCUCAAAGAUAUUAAAUAAAUGUGUAGGCUACCUGUUAAAUACACCUUUUGAAAAACUAGUUAAUUGAUUGAUUCAGUUUUUUACUGUACGAAUGACAUUACACUUCAGCAGUACACAACAAAAUCCUUAGUUUCAAAUGAACACUUCCAGGUGUCUAUAUGUGUCCACACUACAGAGUGUUAAAGUUAAUGAGGUAAUUAAGAGAUUCAUUGAGUGAUGGUUGUCCGUUAUUGAAGACACCUGAUGUUAACAAGAAGAAUUAUCUUUUAGUUGCCAUUACUGUGGUCAGCUUUUACUUUAGUUGGGCUCUUGACCCUUGAUUUUAUAUUAACAUGUAGCGUUUGGCUGCUAUAACUGAAUUAUAACAAUCAGACAAAAGAAGAGCAAAAGUAAUUGUGUGGAGAGGAUUACGUUUUGGUCCAAUCAUCAUGUAGUGACCUGAACAAAUUAGUUUGGAUUUGUUAGUUGUCAACACGGUGUUUACGAAACUUAUUUUGAUCAAAAACUUGUUCUUAAUUGUCCACGCAGACAUCGAGAAUCAAAACUCAUCCAUGGCUCCCAUCCUGCAUUGCUGCAUGAAUAAACAAAUACAUCUGUUUGUCUGAUUAUGCUGCUUAUCACAUUCUUAAGAUACACACACUGAUAUCUGUGUGUGCCUAAAAAGACAAGCUUUCUGAAGUAGUGACGUUUUUUUGAGGAAUCAAAAUAUUGUCUUAAUCAAUGACGAAGAUGUAACUUUGAGAAACUUUAAAAAUAGAUUCAGUGGUUCGGUGGAUUAUUGCUUAUGUUAGAAUGAUUUCAUAACCCAUGAUUUCUGGCUGGUGGCAUAGCGUGAUCAUUGCAGUAAAACAAUACGUAAUAUUAUGAAGUCAAGGGUCAAGAGCCCAGCUGAAGUAAACACUGAUCACUGUAAUGAUAAAAUUUAGAUUUUCUUCUUUGGUGAUUCUGCUUGUUAAUCAGGUGUCUAUAAUAAGAGAUAAUCGUCACUCAAUGAAUCUUUUAAUUACCUCAUUAACUUUAACACUGCUUUAGUGUACAUUUUAAACACUCUGUAGCAUGGACACAUAUAGACACCUGGAAGAGUUCAUUUAACACCGGUACUGUUUAUCCCGAACAUGAUGCUGUAGUCCUCAGUGUUGUUUACUACAGCAAAGACAUCUCAAGAACUUCCUGUACUGC